AUGGCCAGCGAAGACUUGACUGGACCCAAGGGCGCGCGCUUCCACACGAGGGAGUGGAAGCCGGCUGGAGGAGCGCCCGCUCGCGCUGCCGUUCUCUUCGUUCACGGCUUCAUCGAGCAUGUCGAGCGGUACAAUCACGUCUUUGCGUCCUUUGCCGACAAGGGAAUCGCCACCUUUGCCUUCGACCAGCGCGGCUUCGGCAAGACUGCGACAUACACGCCGAAGCACACCCAGGGCGUGACUUCGUGGCCCGAGCAAUUCGACGACAUCCGCCAUUUCCUCGCGCUCGUCCUCGAAAAGUACCCGAGCGUGCCCGUCUUCCUCUUCGGCCACUCGAUGGGCGGCGGCCUCGUCCUCGCCUAUUCGACCCGCUCCCCUCCCUCCGCCAACGUCGACCGUCUCGCCGGCGUCAUCGCUUCCUCGCCUCUCCUGCGCCAGGCCAAAGGCGUCAAGGCUUCUCCACUUAUCGUCAAAGCUGGCAGCUUGAUCGGCAAGUUGAGCUCGACGUUGACGCUCAAGGCGACGGUCAACCCGGAGGACACCUGCCGCGACCCCGCCGUCCAGCAGGCGUACGCGAACGACCCGCUCUGCAAGCAAGUGGGCACCUACCGCGGCGUCGCAGACAUGCUGCUCGGGGGCGAGCAAGUCGUCGGCAAGGACUACAAGCGCUUCCCAACCUCGCUUCCUUUGCUCGUUGUCACCGACUGCGACUCGUCCCGCGAGUUCGUCGACAAGGUCAAAUCGCUCGGCGCGAAGGACGCGACGUUCAAGAGCUUCCCCGGCUACUACCACGAGAUGCACAACGAGCCUGGAGACGACAAGUGGGUCGAGAUCAACUUUGUCCGCGAGUGGAUCGAGCAGCACAUCCCGGCCUCGACGUCUACGGCGGCGACGACGACCACUACAACGACGAAGCAGCCAGACUUGCCCUCCCUUGAGGGUGCGGCGGCGGGCUCGUCGGGCGCGAGCGAGGUUCCUGGACUCGCGUCGGAGGCGGGCGGCGCGGAGGGAGGCGACGGUGUCGGUGCGGAUGAUGCGGCUGCCAGCGCCAAGGUGCAGGAGGGCAGGGAGAGGGAGAGCAAGCUGUAG